UUUUUACAUGAUUGAGUUCUUGAAUUGAUCUCCUGUGCAGAAAAGUCUUCAAACAAAAUAGGUAUAGUUUUGGGUACUGUUGGCGGUUUCUUGGUGAUGUUAUUGCUAUGCCUAUUUGCAAUCAGAAGAAAAUUAAAAUCUGCGGUAUUAUGGAAGCCACUCUUCUUAAGGAAAGAGGACCCAGAUACAGAGGUGUACUCAGCGAUCGGCGAGGAACAGGGAAUGAUAUUCAAUUUGGAAAAUAUCAAGGCUGCAACUAGAAAUUUCCACGAUGAUAACAAGCUUGGAGAAGGGGGAUUUGGCUCUGUAUACAAGGGAACAAUGCUAGAUGGAAAACAAAUAACAGUAAAGAAGCUUUCUUUAAAAUCUUUGCAAGGGAAAAGGGACUUUCUAAAUGAGGUCAAAUUGGUGGCCAAAAUUCAGCAUCGAAAUCUUGUGAAGUUAUUUGGAUGUUGCACAGAGAAAUCAGAACGUUUGCUUGUUUACGAGCUAUUGGUUAAUAAUAGUCUUGACAAGAUACUAUUUCAUCCAGAGCGAAGAAAAGAGCUUGACUGGCCAAAGCGUUUGAACAUCAUAUGUGGAAUAGCUCGUGGGCUUCUAUACUUGCAUGGAGAUUCUCACCUGCGAAUCAUCCAUCGUGAUAUCAAAGCAAGCAAUAUUUUGCUUGAUGAGAAAAUGGAGCCAAAAAUAUCCGAUUUUGGCUUAGCAAGACUGAUCCGACAAGAUGAGAGUCGUGUUGAGACAAGGAUUGCUGGAACAUAUGGUUAUAUGGCACCAGAGUAUGCUAUGCUAGGUCAAUUAUCUACUAAGGCUGAUGUGUAUAGCUUUGGAGUUGUCAUUUUGGAAAUUAUAUGUGGAAGAAAAAACACUGAUAAAAGAUUAUUCCCCCAAUUUCAAAGCUUGAUAGAAUGGGUAUGGAGAUAUUACAAUGAAGGAAAUAUUGUGGAUGUGAUUGAUAGAGAAAUAAUAGAAAUUUUCUCUAUUGAGCAAGUUUCAAAUGUAUUUAUGCAGGGCUUUUAUGUACACAAGCAAAUGCAUCACUUCGUCCACCAAUGACUACUAUAUAUGCAAUGAUUUCAAACCCUUUUGUAGACAACUUACUAGAUCCCACAAUCCCUGCUUAUCUAAAUGUUGAACAAAACAACCUUCCAUUAGAUAUAUCUACAACAAUAUCAACUUCAAGAAUAACUUCCUCUACUUCAUCUACCCCUUAUUUAGCCCUCCCAUCUAUCAACUAUGCAUCAA